AUAAAGCUCAUCCUGCAGUUGUUUUGUAUCGUCGAUACGCGGAAAAGAAAAGUUGUUUUGAAGAGUGUUUUUUCCCCAAUCGGUCGUUUGACAACAUUGGAAAAGUUUGCAGUACACUGCUGCGAAUGUGUUCCAUAAGGCAAGCAUGUGAACGGACCAUCAGCUAAUAAAUAUGAAUGGAUUCUUUCAGCUCAAUCCAUACUAUAAUGACAUUAAGCAGGAAAUCGUGUCCCCGUAUGCAGCAUCCACAGCAGCACCCGUCGUCGUUGCGACCACUUUACCGCAAACAGUACAGAACGUUGCACAAUCCGGCACCGGUACCGACCGGACCCUAAGCACACAUCAAAGUUUGACCAAAAGCCAACGACGGUUUUUGCACGAAAGCCCCGAAGCUCGUGCCAAGCGGCUGGCCCGGAACGCGGAGCGUAUGCGUCAGAAGCGGGCGGCCGAAUCGGAGGACGAGUAUCGCAAACGAAUGGCACAGAACGCGGAAAGGAUGCGAAAGAAGCGUGCCGCAGAAACGGAGGAAGAAUAUCGAAACCGGAUGCAGCGCAAUGUGGAAUGUAAAUCGGGCGAAGAGUAUCAGAUCCGGUUAGCGAAGAACGCCGAACGAAACCGGCUGCGGCGCCAAAAUGAGACUGAUCUAGAGCGCAGCAUACGGCGGGCCCGUAGUGCAGCUCGCGAACGGUUGCGACGCGCGAUGGAAACACCGGAACAGCGCGCAAUACGGUUGGCAAAAUUGGCUGAACGUAUGCGAAUUUCGCGGGCAAACGAAACCCCCCACCAACGGGCGCUAAGGUUAGCCAAAAAUGCGGCUAAGGCGAAGGAACGGCUGCUGAAUGAAUCCCCGGAACAGUGGAUCGAACGGAAGCGAAAAAAGGCGGAGUAUGCAAGGCAAAAGCGUGGUGCAGCGGCCGUUGCCGCUAAACUAGGCCUACCGACCCCCUGUACCUCGUCCAGCAGCAAUGCCAGCUCUACCAGCCUCAGCGUCCCAUCAACACCGGGCGACACGGUUAGCUUCAGCCAUGCACCGACGACCAACACGGCGUACAAUCUCGAACCUACCCAUUCGCUCUCGCAAACAUCGCUUGUUUCGCUGUCCACGACGGACCUGAAAGACAUUAAGCUAAUAGCACAAAAGCCGGGCCAAAUGUUGCAACUGCCGGAGCAACUGUACGCUACAUCACACAUCCCAUUCAACGGGACCGACCUGAAACCGCCUGAAUUUCUGACCGCCAACAGUCAGUCGGGCCCGCCACACGUCAUGCAGCCGGAGCUGUACAAGUUCCACAUACUGCCCUACACGUUCUCACCCACUGCCGGUGCUGUGCAUCCGACGCAAGCGGAUUACAAAGGCAAAUAGGAGCCUGUAAUUGCCGGAAUGCUUCGUACUUGAUGAGUGAGCCGUGUAGCUAAGCUAUGAGCAACAUUUGGUAACGUUAAGGUGUUUAAUUUACGCUACAUUAAGAAUAAUUUGGAAAGCUGUGUUUGUAAGCAAACUGUGUGCAAUCAAUCGCACCGGCAAUCGGCAUUUUGCAUGUAAGGUACUUUCUCACCAAUUUCCUCCUACUGGUUUAGGUUAACGUUUCGUUGGGAAUGCAGGCUCAAAUACAGUGCUCCGGGAAAAGAUAGCCACACACUAAGAGCCAUGCAUCUUUCAUUCCAAACGAAGUGAAUACUAUGUGCAAAUAAAAGAGCGUUGAGGUGUGUUCGUAUAUCGUAUAAAAACGCUAGCAAACCCUGUGCUCCCAGAACAGAUAGAAUAAAGGUCGGACGAUAAGCAGUAUGAUCUGCACGACAAAAUUUCAUUUCGAAUGUAGUUCACUUAGUAUGUAGUAAACCAACUUUGGUAGCCGAGCGUUGUGUUCUCGAGGUAAAUCAAUUAACCUAGUCAUUUUCGUC